UUUGCGCCGGCAAGAUGGCGGUAUUCAGAGGUUGGCGGUGCCUGCCUGGAGCUCGAUUGGGGCAGUUCAUGCACAGCGAGGCUUCCGCUUCGCCUUCUGAGGACGCUGCCGCCUCUCCCGCUUCUCUGUAUCCGCCCGUGGUGGCUUCACUUACCGCUAAGAGUAAAAUAGCGAAACUCCGGCGCCGGGAGGAGUACUACCGAAGUAUUCACAACGCGCCUAGUGUCGAGGAGAAAUUGGCGAUCUACGGGAAACGGCAGCGCCGCAAGUAUGUGGUCUACCCGCAGACUUGGGCUUUAAAUGCAGACCGCUGGUACCAGCAUUUCACGAAGACGGUCUUUGUGCCAGGACUUCCCGCUUCGGUAUCAGUAAGUAAAGAAGACAAGAAAGACAGUUUGGAUUUGGCUGAGCUCCGGUCCCUUGUAUGUGAAGUGCUCCUUCAGGAGCAUUAUUACCAGCGCAAGAAGCGCCCCAAACUCUUCCGCGCCAGCGACCAGGGGCCAGCGCCUUUCAUUACCCAUCUGGUGCCAAAGCUUGCAGCCCACCUGGCUUAUCUCAACCCAGAGCUUGGUUCCUCUUCCAUCAUAGAUUUUAAGCCAGAUGUACAUUUCUACUGGUUGCGUGGGGAGACAGUGGUUCCUCGAGGUCACCGGCGAGGCAGGAUUGACCCACUCAGAUUUCAGAUUGAUGAUAAGCCACGCUGUCAGAUUCGUAUAAGAAAGCAACUUUCAGAGUUUGAGCCUCUUGAUUACCUGGGCCCUGGAGAUAUUCCUGUUAUCCAGCAUUUACCUAACAAACUUCCAUUGUUCAAACGACAGUAUCAGAACAGAAUAUUUAUAGGUUCUCAAGUAUCAGAUCCAUGCUGCUAUGGGCACACCCAAUUUCAUUUGCUUCCUGAUAGGGUAAAACGAGAAAGACUGAUAGGAUUGAAUCUCACUGAUCAAAUUGAUGUUCCAUAUCGAGCCAAUGCAGUUGCAAGUCUCUUUGCAUGGACUGGAGCACAAGCAAUGUACCAAGGUUUCUGGAGUGAGGACGAUGUGACUCGACCCUUUGUAUCCCAGGCUGUGAUUUUUGAAGGAAGAUACUUUGCCUUUUUUUGUUACCAGCUAAACACCUUGGCUUUAACUGUUGAGGCUGACCAAAAUAAUCCAAGAAGGAACAUUUGUUGGGGGACUGAAAGUAAGCCCCUGUAUGAAUCGAUAGAAAAUAAUGAUGUGAAAGGUUUUAAUGAUGAAGUCCUAGCACAUUUUGUUAAAUUUCUGUUAAACAGAUCAAAGGAAUUAUGAUAAUCUGAUUAUUCUGAAAAUACUGAAAUAAAAUUGAGUGUUUAAAUGUGUUAAAAGUGGAAUUAUUGAGUUAUAGUCUUAUAUAAAAUUAUUGGUAUAAACAAGAGUUGUACAGGAGUAUUGCUGAUGCUGUAUAAAUGAAAUUUUAAGAGCAAUAUCUUCUUUGUGUGGUAAGUUGUUUUAGAUGAUUUUCUUUUGUACAGGAAGACCCAAAUUCACAAUUGUUAACCAUCUAAUAAAGUUUAAUAUUCCAGUAAUGUAUUAUUAUUAUGGCUCAUUGCACAGUCAGCCAGAUAUUAAUACUGGAUUUGGCAUAGGCAUUAUGUACAGUCUAAGGCCAGUGGAAACUUAAUUAUAGAAUUAUUAAGGUAGUGUCUAAGAAUAUAGGCAGUUCUAAACAGGUUGCUUUUUUGGUAAAAUUUAGGUACUCAGGCCUUAUAAAUUCUACAUUUCCAAAUAUCAAAGAAGUCCUUUAGUUACUCCGAGGGCUCCAAUCAUGAUUGAUAUAGCAAUGGAUUUCUUUUUUCAUAAGCAUUCAAUUUUGAUCUUAGCAACAUCAAUGAAUCAUACCUUUUUCAAUAUCUUUUAUGUCAGAUAUGUUACAAACAAUAUGCAUAACAUCCCAUAGGAUCUGAACCUGCUUAUUUUCCAAAACCUUCUCAAUUUGAUGGUCCCAGUGGUUUUUAUUAUAUUUAAAUCCAAACCUCUGGCAAAGUUUCCAAUGAAUAAUUCUGGCAACUCAGUCAUGAUGUGCUUGGAUUCAGUUUCUGACAUUUCACUGCAGCCACUGAUCAAAUGGUCAGUUGUUUCAUCCUUUUCACUAUAAAAGAGACAUUUAGUGUUUGUUGCAUGUUAAAUUUUUGUCUUCAUGCAAUUAGAUGGCAAAUCUUGCUGAGCCACUAAAAUAAAGCCUUCAAGUUUU